GGCGUGACCACGGACGGGCUGCUCAGCGCGCUGGCCCGCCUGCGCCGCCCCCCGCCCCUCCACACCAACUCGCACGCGCCCCGCUCUGCGGAUGGGCGUCACCAGCUCCCCAAGAUCCAGUCAUCUCGACCCUCCCCUGAACUCGCUGCAGGCGGUGACAGCAACAUGACAGUAGCACGAGGCGAGAGUUCGCCCGAGCGGCUGGGCGGCGCCCUCCGCCGGCUGCACUACAAAGCCACCCGCCGCGCCCACUCCGCCGCCGCCCGCCACCACAACUCCAGUAACCCGCCUAAGGUGGUCGUCAUGGGCAGCAGCACCACUUCAGACAAAACCAUCAACACCAGCACAGACUCCGCUGCCACCGCGCUCACCUCCAUCACCGGGACCGACGACUCCAUGGACGCGGAGCCCGAGCCACCCGAGCCGCCGCCCCAGCCGCCCAGCCUCAUCGACGCUGAACCCGCCCCUACCAACCCCAACCCGCCCAGCACAGCCCCGCCUCACUACCACCGCGCCCAAAACAGCUGCGAAAUCGACUCCCCCAAAUACACCAAACCACAAUCCGCAACUGAAACCCUAGACUCUCCCAGACCAGGUCCAGCACGAUUCAUAUUCGAUGUACCCCUACCCGAUCCUAGAAAGGCUGAGAAACCACGAAAUAAAACCCAAGUACUUAAUAGCGCUCCGUCUACGUCUAUCCAGAUUCCAUACGACCCUAAAACUGAAACGCCGAAGAGUCCGAAGGCAAUCCAGGCAAAGUACGAGACCCAUUUCAAAUUUGAACCAGAGCCGGUGAAGAGAAGAGGCAGCGAGCCUCGGAUGAAGAAUAAGCAGAAGAUGGAUAAGCAGGAAUAUUAUAAGGAUGAGGUGGCGAAGCUGAGGAGGCAGCUGGAAGGGACUGAGGUGUUCACAACCACGAGGCGGAGAUCUUCUGCGCACCAGCAUUCGGUUCCUCCACCGUCUUCGAGAAGACAAUCUACAGCGGCCCAAGUCCACGUGACCGCCAAUCCACUGGACUCAGCCGCCACCACCAUCCCAGCUGGCCGGACUACCAUCGUGGUCCAGCAGCCAUCUCUCUCGCUGGACUACGGAGGCUGUUCCACCAUCCUGGUCCGAGACGAGGAUGGAAGACGGAAGAGCCGGGUCUGCAGCGACCACAUCCAGCAGUUACUGGAUGUCACCAGCCAGUUCACCUCGGAAGACCUGCAUGACUUCGAUAAGAGUGCACAGUCUUUGUUGUUUGAUUAA